AUGAGGCUCAGGAAGUCGAAUUCUAAUCCUCAGGCCACUGACCUUUGGUUUGGCUUCACGGCAAGUUUCAUCUUUAUAACAAUGCUUGAAGCUUUGAUUGUCAUUUCACUCGAAUAUAAAUCCCGAGAACUGAGGAAAAAAGCGGAAGCAGAUGUGAGUGAUAUGUCUCGAUAUCAGAUAAUGAUGCUUAUGCUGCAGUCAAGUCGUUAUCAUUCAACUGCUCGUCACAUUGAUAGAUACUGGUCGAACGUUAUAUCCGGUCGUUUUCCUUCUCUUCUUCAUAAUCUACUAUUUCGUCAUCACAGAGGUAGAUGA